AUGAGCUCCUUGGGAUGGGCGUGGCUCGGCGAGUGGGGCUGGACCAAUGAGCAUCCGCCGCCAAACACAUUUCGAGCCUCUUUUUUCUCUUAUACUUUAAUGGAGUCCGAACGACGUCGUUCCGAAAUUCAGAAGCACGAUGAGAAGAGUAAUGUACAAUGUGUUAGUUUCCAUCAGAAGAAUGAUUCAAAGAGGACAUUUUUCAUAACAGAGAAGGAUUUAGAGACUCUCCAUAGGUUCCGAAUGGAUAUAGUUCAUUCAACAUUGGCUAAAGUCUUCAAAAUAUAAGAAAAAAUGUGGGAAAAGUAGAGGUUUAUAAGUCUUCUUUGUCUAAAACCAACGGGGAAUGGAGUAAAUUUUGAAAAAAUCUAACGUGUUAGUUGCUCCAAAUAAGUAAUCAAUAUGGAGUAAAGGUAAAUAAGGAAAAAAUUACGGUGUCUUUAAAGUUUUAGGUAGUUUCUUUGAGGUUUUACAAUUUUUAAAAUGAAAAGCUUUCUUCAUUUCCAAUUCCUGUUAUAUACCUGUUUUACCUGGUUCCAAAUUUCAGAAUCCUCAAAAAAAUUUUUAGAAAACAUAAUUUCCAUAAAAAAAGAUUGGAAGAAAAAGGUGAUUUUUAUUCAUUUUUUUCUUCUUCAAAUUUAUUUUUCAGCUUAUUUUUUUGUAUCGCUCGAGUUAUUUCGUUAAAAAAAGUUUCUAUGCUGAUGGAUAAUCCAAUUUAGGGAAAUAGUUUUUCAUAAACUUCCAAUAUUUUUUUGAGAAAUUUUUGACUAAAAUAUGAAAGCUCUCCCUUUCCAUGAUCUACAUAAUAUCAAAAAUAUCUGUAAAUUUAUCUAGAAUUUCAAAGAGAAUAGGCAAAGUUCAAUUUUUGCGGCCUUUUUUAUGUUUUUCAUACCCGAAAUCAAAAUUUUUCGUAAGUUUAACAUAGAUGGAAUAAAAAUACGUUUGAGUGAAUUUUAGAAUUUGAAGCGCAAAACAAAAAAUCCAACCUCUCGAUUUGCAAGAACAGUAAUAAAAACGAUAUCGAUGAAGAGGAUUCGCGAUUCUUCGAGCUUCAUCAUGGAGCGAGUGGAGAGGUUUUGAUAGGGCAGCACACUUGACAGCGAGUUCGAGUGCGAUAUUUCGAUUGGAUACGCCGCAAACCUCGAGAGCCGCCUCAUGAGGCCUCACACUUUGCUGUGAAUCAGAAAGAUUUUUGAGGUGAAUAUGAAUAUCUCAUACAACGUGAUAGUGAGGAUCAAGACAAGUUAAAGACAGUAAUUGAACACUUUAAUGGAGUUUACAUAAGUUUCGAACCCAACACCAAAUUUUCAGUCAGCUCUCUCAAGUUUUCAUCGAAAAAACAUUUUUUCAAUCAAUUUAUAAAAUUUUAAUCAAAACUAGCUAGUUCUGGAGCUCCAGUCAUAAAAAAUUAUAAAAGGAUUAUUCAGAAAGUCUCCAAUUUAAAAAAAAAAACGGAAAAAUAGCAGGCUUCUAUAUACAAUAGCCAAAAAAGGAACACAUAAAUCUCGGACAUUGGCAACGCGAAACAGACGUACUCCGGACCUUUCUCGGCAAUUCUAGUGCCCAUCUUAGUAGCGUUAGCUCUCUUAAGUGAUCCCUAGAAUUGCCCAGAAACGUCCGAAGCAUGUUCGUUCCGCGUUACCAAUGUCCGAGAGCGAUUAAGGAAUUUUUCUGAAUCGACCGAAUUCCGAAAAAUGUAAGUCUACCCAUAGGCUGACUUCGAAUCAGGUUCCGUUUCUCUGAGUUUAGUUGAACCCUAGGAUUUCCUGAAAAAAAUAAAAGAAAAAGGAAAACAAUAAGACAAAAAUUCGACGGAAGUGAACGAGGCUCCGCUCCUACCUCUCCAUAGAGCGCAAAUACGCAUUCGCCCGUUUUUUGAUUUAUUUUUUUCCUGACUUUUAUGCCGUGUUCAAUUUGAUUCCGCGAAAUGCAAAAUACCCGUUAGAGAAAGCAAAAGAUCACUGAAUUUUGGAAAGUCAGAGAUCAUUUUGCAUUUCGCGGAAUCAAAUUGAACACGGCAUGCCGGCAUUAAAAGAAAAACACACAAAAUUAUGUAUGUGUGUUUUUUUUCCUUUUCAUCUCAUUUUCAGAGCAUAAUUUUCAAGAAUAUCAUUUAAUAAGGCAAUCAUUGAAUAAUGCUUCGGGAUUUACAAGGAUUCGAUAACUAUUUAUAUGUCCGUUUUUUUUUGUGAGUGGUGUAUGAUUUUUUUUCAGCUCUCAUCAAUCGAAGAUGGAAUUUUUUGAGCUGGAGUUUGCAUGCGCCUGCUUUUUCGAACCAGUUCUGCUGCCUUUAUCAGUUCGAAAGUUGGUUUCUUUCUUUUUCUCGCGGCUCUCACAAACACCAUAGAUCCAAAAACAAGGGAGCCUAGGCAUUUAAUUUAAAAGACAGUUUCUUUUCUGGGGCUGUAAAUCCAUCAGCGGCGCGUGUUGGAUGUUUGCGAGCGGGAGGAUCGCCGAAUCCCGCGGCGAAAGUUGCUGUCUUGACCUUAUUUGUUCUGCCAGUCCUUGGCCGCUUCUGCCUUUCUUCUUAAUUUUUUUUUUCUUAAUUUGCAUAUUUCGGCUCGGGCUGUAUGGUUGAAACUUAGUUUCGAAUGAUAUUUGGAUUCCAAAGGUUUUUUCUAUGUUAAUAAGAAACUUGCUAGAAAACCUUCAAAACCGGGAAUUUUUAAAUUUUGGUUCUUUUUGUUUUUGUUUCAAUCUACUGAGUAAGAAUUUUUGCCUGUUCUAAUAAAAAUUUUCUAGCCUUUGUCAACACAGAAUUAGCGGCAGACAAAAGGGCAGCUUUUUUUGAAGUUUUCAGCAAUGAGAAAAAAACUCCGCUCUAGUGAUCAUUUGAAAAUUUCCAGUGGUUUUUUAAGAAAAAAAAAACUGAUCCGUUAAGUUCUAGAAUAAUUAAAGUGAGUUGAAACGAAUUAUAGCGGGUCGAAAAAAUUAACAAACUUGAUGAAAUUUUUUUAAGCAAUGAUCAAUUUCGAUGCAUUUUCUAUGUAAUUUCAAUGGCCUUUUUUUCAAAUAGUUUGUUUAAUUCAAAUCACCCACCUCUGGGUACCUAUCGGAAAAAAAAAUCUGCAAAAUCGGCCUCUAUCAGUCAGCUGUGAUUCUUUGGUCUUCUCAACCUUUCCCCGAUUACACCCUUUUUCUGCCAUCCGAUACUAAAAUACCGUUAAACUUGGCCGAAACCAGCCGAUUCAGGCCGAAUUAAAAGACGUUUGGCGGGGGUUUGCAAGGUCUCGUUUGAACGGCGUCAAAUGCGACGCUGAUAAUCGCAAGUUACACAACACUACUAUUGAUCAGUCGCGCAGUCUCCUGCGGAACUUCCUCUUCGAAAGUCUCCUGAAGAUUCUGAAGACGUCGACGACGACGUCGGCCGGAUGAACGUCCAACGGCAUCGUGACGUCAUCCUCCGGAAACUUGUCUUCUUGCCAGGUCCGUCGUCUCAGGGGAUUCUGAUCGGACAAAUGAAACCACCUUGAUUAAUUUUAUGUUUGGAGCAUCAUUUAUCAUUCAAAUUUCAGCGUCUUGAAAGGAAAAUUUUUUUAUUUCUCUGACUUUCAAUUUUAUAUUAUCCUCCUUUUUGGGCGUUUUUUGGCCUGCAAGUUUAUCGAAAAAAAUUCCAGCAGCUUGACUCUAAUUUUUUUUACCUUUUUUUAGUUAGAAUGAGUUUAUUUUUCUCUUUUGUGAACAAAAAAAUUGAAUUUUUAAAACUUAUAUUUUUUUGAGUUUUUUUAUUUUUUUCACUUUUUUUCGUUUUUAGGAAAUGUAUACACCUAACAUUUUUCUUUGCAGUCCUGUUCGGACUCUUCACAAUAAAAGCUUCCCUUAUGCGCAGAAGUUUCAUUAUUUAUUCACGAAAGUAAGAAGGUCUGAAUCCAUAAAAUGAAAAUUUUUUGGAAAAAGUUCUGAAAAAGACGUUGUGAUCUACAAUUUGUUAACUGAUUAAAUGGUUUUUUUAUUCAUGAUUUCGAUGAAAAUAUUUUUAAUUUUUCACCCAAUUAUCUUUCAGUUCUUGGAAUGGAAUAAACUGAACUGAUUUGAGAGGAAACAACAGUUUUCCCUUUUCAGGCGGUCAAGAUCGAGAAGGAUGUCCCAUCAUAGUGAUAUCCCCGAACGCCGGUGAGUCUUCAUAAACUAUUGAAAUACCUAAAAGUGCAUUCUACUUCUGAACCAACCAACGUCUCCAGACUCGACGACGCCCUACGAAGACGUCGUCUCCCUGAUGGGUCUGCUCAGCGAGAUGACGUCAUCUCUGGCGUUUACUGUCGUCGUCGACGCCCGACAAUCUCACGCCAAACAACUGAAACAGCUUCUGCGCGCCUGUCAGGUCUGUUCAACGUCAAAAAAGAAGAAGAAGACGUCGACUUCAGCAAGCCUUGUACAAAAAGCUGCGUCUGGUGUUGAUCGUCCAGCCGGAGAAGUUCCUCGAGCAGCAAAAGAUCAACUUUGACUUGAUCCUCGAGGGUUAUGAGUUCAAGGUUUGGGGGAGAGAUUUUUUUCAAAGAAGGUCGACAUUCUCUUGACUUGAACGAAAACUACAGUGGCUCUUGUACUGAACCAUCCUUGGAAUAGAAAAAUUGUCGGUGCCAUACAAGGGCAAGUACAUAACUCAUUUUGUUCAGAGGGAGCGGCUAGCUCAGAAUUUCACCAAAAAAAAACAAGUUGAAUUUUUUUAUAAUCAGUGAUGGCUUAAGUUAGAGUAAACUUUUUCGGAUAUCUCAGAAAAGGGCUCUGAAUUCAAUUAUUAUUUCGUUUUCUUCUUGUUGACAAUCCAUUGCUGAAACUUUAGGCGAUUCUCAUCUCAGUUCACAAACUGUCGAAGUACGUUGAUGUCAGCCAACUUCCUGAACAAUUCGGCGGAACUUGUGUCUAUGAACCGAGUCAGUGGCUGGAAAACCGACAGGCGAUUUCAAGUCUGAGAAUAUUUUCAAUAAAGAAAUUUAGGGAAUCUCAAGCGCUUUGAAUGAUUUGAGUCAGAUGAAAAGGAAUGCCGGAGAGUUGAACAAUCAACGACUGGAAGAAGGUAUUUUAGUUCGGGAAUUUCAAAAAAGGUGUAUUGCUAAGUUUUUGUGGUAGAAAAAAUAUAAGAAGAGAAAAAAGAAGUUGAGACAAAAAUAAUAUUGAUCAUUAGGCUUUUGGAUUGAGUUUUAGAUUUUAUAGAUGGUUAUUAAACUUUUUCAUCAUUCUGCCGGGAAUAACAAAAAAACGAUUUGAUGAUUUUUUUCAACGGUUAUGAAAUCCCCUAAUUUCACGAAUUUUUUUACAAACGUUUAUCUCUUUUUUUCAUGAAACUAUUUUUUUGUACGAAAACCCUUAGAUAGGCCAUUCGCAACGACAUUCUUGUAGAAUUGAAACCGUCGCCUGCGAAAAGUCAGACGUCGUGGCGAGAGCUUGAAUCGGGCUAAAGCUCUUACCUAAUAAGUUAAAAGUUUGAUGCUAGCCUGCGAAAGUAGUUUGAAGUCGGGCGCGACCACUUAGGCACCUUCCAGCGUCUACCCUUUUCACGUGCGAUCAGAACUUGAAGAAAAUUCAAAAUGAUUAUGUUCAUUCGUAAUCUGCGCCGACGACAAACUCUUCGAUUAUGCCAUGAUUCAGCAGAGAUUUUCUUCAUCUUACUCUGACGACGGAAUAAAUUGAAUUGAAUGUUCAUCAAGCAUUAUCAUUUUUAAGUGGAAAAACUAGCCGAAAGUCUUGCUUCAAGUAGCCGAGUCGACGACGAAUUCGCUUCCCGACAGCUCAAAAAUGGCGUUUCAGGCUUGAGAGUGAGUUAGGAACACAGUUUUGAGUCGAAAUGAUUGCGAUUGGCAGAAAAAGGAAGAAACCGAAGGAAAAGAGGAAAUGAUCGAAGAACAUGCGGUCGGCGUGCACAGAUUUCUCGACUGGAUCGAAGGUUGUGGCGAGAAAUGGCUCCAGUCUCUUUGUGAGGUAUUUUUUUUUGAGAGAAAUAAACACAUCGAAAGAAUUUUUCCAGGUUGCCGACAACGCCGACGAAGCUGAAAACAUGGUGAAACAGCACGAACUUCUCGAAGAACGCAGCAAAGUUUGAAGCCUUCUUUCAGGGGUUUUGAGCAAUUUCACUCAUUUUCAGGACAUUUUGGAACAAUCGACGCAGUUGGCUGACAUGGCCACGAGGCUGAUGGUCGUCUGUCCCCAUUAUUCGAUUUCUCUUCAUAAGGUUCGAAAAAAUUUCAGAUAUUGUAAUAUUAGAACAAUUCUAAAAAGGUUAGAGAAGUCACCAUAAAAGGUUCGAAAAAAAAUAUACCCAGUAAUCUAGCCUUUUUAGGGUAUUGGGUAUUAGCAUUUUAAUAAUGACUUUUUACUGUAAAUUUGUGCUUUCUGUAUGUUAAUAUUAACUUUCGAAUUCUUUUUUAUCCUAGAUGUUCCGUAUAUUCCGCGAAACGAAAAAUAAUCUCUGACUCUCCAACAAUUAGUUCUUUCUUUUUCUCUGACGGCUAUUUCGAAUUUUGCGAAAUCACGUUUCACUAGGAAAUCGCAAUCUUCGAUCAAAAUGUUUCCGACACAGGUUCAAUUUUUUUUUUCUUGUUUCUCUUCAAAUUUUGGUUGAUCAUACUCCUGUCAACAAAUCGCAGAAAGCAUUUUGAACCGACUUUGAAAUGUUGCAGAUGCGAGAGCAAGUCCGACAUGUCGGAGAGCAUUUCUCGAAGCGAGUCGAGGCGCAGUCAAAGUUCGCCAUCGCCAAUAAAUCGCUUCAGAGCAAACUUGCUUCGGUUCUACAACCUGGAUUUCAAAUUGUAAAUUUGGAGUCGGACUUCCAGUUGACAAAACACACCGACGCCAUGCUCGAAGCCCUUUGUCGGCCGGACAAUGUCAAAACUUUGGACGAGGCCAAGACUCAGAAGACCAAGAUCGAACAGAAAACUGUCAAGAUUCGUGAGUUUUUUCUUUUGAACUAUCAGGCAAAAGAGCGGCAUCUUUCGAGGAUCCACUAUAAAACUAGGACGAAAAUGGAUCCAAAAAAAUGUUUUCCAACUCAAAAAAUAAUCUUGAGAACGAAGUAUAAAUCGAUAAACGGACACUUAUCUUUACGAUUCUUUUUUUUUUAUUUUUCUAAAAUGGCUUUCAAAAAAAUACAAUUGGAAAAAAACGGUUAAAAAAGCUUCAAAUUCAAUUUUUCAUUUCAUGUUUUUUUUUUCUACUUAACGAUACUUCCGUUAUUUUCUACAGUCAAAAUUCGAGGUUUGGCCCAUAAUUUGAUUGAAAUGCAUUUAAAUAAGUGAGAGAGGACCAAAACUCAAAUACUAAGAGAUUUCUUAUCUAAUUUAUUUUCUCUAUUCGAACUCGAGACACUCGAUACUCAACUUAUAUAGACUUUUUAUUUUCAAAAAACUACUUCCAGAAAAGCUGUACGAAGAAGCAGUUGAAAACGGUACUGAUGCGAUAAAAUUCCUAGAAAAGAGUACGUCGACACUCCCGACGAAGACUUUGAUGAGUCAUAUCAGAGCCCAGCUGGCGUAUAAUUGUCAGCGACAUCAAAGGUUCAUCGAAUAAAAACCUUAAAAGGUCGCACAUAGAAUGGCUCAAUGCGUUGCGGUCGUGUUUCGAGCUGGAAGAAGGCGAAAACGUGAAGUCAUCCUUGGGACAGUACAGAACUUAGUGAGCCUAGAAGGAGGUUUUGAUGGCUUUUGAAAGAUUUCUGCCCAUGUAUGGGUAAAGUUCGUAAUUUUCUAAAAACUCGACUUGAUGGCCGAUAUGAAGAUCUACCCUAGUCACUUUCGUAGAAUUUUUACUUUGAAAAUGUGAUUUUCUGAAGAUUGUUUUUAAUACAGAAAGUCCUGAAAAAGAUACUUUGCAAUUCCAGAUAUUCGUGUUUUUGUGUUUUUAGUUGAUUGCACAGUUAGCCUCUGCGAUACUUUUUUAACUAGAUCGUCAGAACUUAUUCUCGAGAAUUUAUAGCAAAUUGAAAACUUCAUACGAAAGUUAGAAAAUUUUCAAGUUCAUCUUCCUAUAUAGUAACCGCGCCGCAGCCGCUACUCAUUGAACCAUUCCCUAUGCGACCAUCACUUUUUUUCAAUUCAAAAGUGAAUAAGUUUUUUUGUAGAUGUCUUGAACUGGCAAAUGUCAGGAAAUUGAAACUUCAGCAGUACAUGCAACUUUUCACCUCCAGAAAGGACUGUGACCAGGUUUUCCUUGCAAAUUUCCAACCAUUGAUAAUUUUCUCUUCAGGUCAUUGAUUGGCUUCAAGAGUUAUAUGAGACACUUCUGAGGGAUUAUUGCCUAACGGAUGUUAGUGAAGAAGGCGUCAGGAAUCUGCGAGAGGACAGAAAACAGCUGGAGAAGACAGCUACGGUAGGCCUAUUGUAUUUUUUCCAAGAUUUUUUGGUGCAUCGACCUCAUUUGAGUUUUCGAAAAUAAAUUAUGAACGAGAAUAAAUUCGCAUCCAUAGAGCGCUGUUGUCUUUUUCAUUCCGUUUUUUUUUGUUGUUGGAAAAACUAGAACCCUUAAAAAGAGCUGUAUAUGAGCUACUAUGAACUUUUCAAAUCAGGAAAAUGAAGAAUAAACAUUUUUCUGAACCAGAUUACUGUAAUUCAUCAUUUCUGAUGUAUAGUUAUCUGAAUGUUUGCUCUACCCUUUUUUUUACACUAUAGGACUUUUUUGCAGAGCACCUAUGAUUACGGUAAGCAACUCUGUCGGAUGUCGGAAAUGGUCAGCCGGAUCCUCCGAACCGAUAAAGAGAAAGAUGUAAAUAACGUUUUUUUGAAGUUGAAGAAUCGAAUUCCGUUCAGGAUCGAAGUGAGAAACUCGAAGCGAAAUGGGAGCAGCUGAAAAACGCUCUUCAGACCAAUGAAGCACGACUAGCCGUCGUUGAUUCCUUCAAUUCCACUGCCAGCCAGGUAAACUUGCUUUGAUAAGCAGGGAAAUGACUGGAUUGAGUGGAGGAACGGUAGGAGUACUGUAGUUUGAAUACCAAUUAGGCCGUUCGAAAGAUGUCUCGAAAUGACUUUCAUAACUGGUUUUUUUUAAUGAUGAUUUUCAUUGACUUUGAAGCUUUGUCUUGGAAAUUCGCAAGUAUUUGGAGACCUUUUAUUUUUUUUUGAAACAUUCAAAGAGUAUUUGACCAAUUUUUCAACAAAAUUCUAGAGGAUUGUCUUUGUGAAAUCGGGUAACCGGAUUUUGGUUCACCAUUUUUUGCCUUACUAUAGUUCUGGGUUAUCGAAAAAUUAGGCUGCAGUUUUAAAAAAAAUGGAAUAACAGAACUCCGAGUAGGUCUGAAAAACAUUGGCUUGGCCAUAAACUUGUUUGAAGGAAUUGGAUAUACGGAAUUUUUUUUCUGUUAGAACAAUUGCAAUAAUUAUGUUAAAAUCUCAGAUGGUUUUCCGAGUGAAUGAGCUGGAGAAACAGUUGCGCGAGAUUCUGACGUACCGUCAGAAGAAUAGCGGCGUCCUCGGCGUGGAACGACGUCGUCUGCGCGACGACAUCUCCGAGUUGUCGAGGAUCGCUUCUCUGCUUGCCGCUCAGAUCAAUGCCGAUCACAAGUCAGUCGACGACGCAGGAAAAAGCCUUAACAUGUCUUGAACAGUUUUGAAAGGACUUCUGAAAAAAAUUUUGAACUGUUUGCUUCAUUUUUUUUGGUAGUUGAGAUUGUGGAAUUAGAAUUUGCGUAGUAGAAAGUUUGAACAUCUGGAGCUCCUUGGUUGUCGAACAGCUUCCUAAAAAUAUUCGGAAGGAGACGUCUUUGUAUAUUUAGAAAAUCAAAUUCUCAACGGUGAAUUCAAUAUUGUUUUUUUCAUAAUUUACAAAUAAUUUUCAAAAAGUUCACAUGAUCGUGAAUCCGAAGGCUUUGACUCAGAAGUUUUAAGUGAUCUGAGAUAGCUCGUCCAAAGGUUUUGGUAGAAACCUUGAAAUUAGAGCUGCUAGUUGAAGUAUUUCUACAGAAACGGUUUUUGCAGCUCUUCGGUGGAAGGCCGACAGAAAGCGAUGCGGAGCAUUUCUGGAAAGGUGGAACUCGUCGAGACGCAGUUCCGACGGAUGGAAAGUCUCGUCUUGGAAGAGGAGGAACCGGCCGCCUCGGCAGCAGAAGACGUCGUGGAGAAGGCAGCGACGGAACCGGUCCCACGCCCCUCGCCUCGACCUCUCUCCAACGUCGUCGAAGAAGACGUCGACGAGGCUCCCGCCGUCAUCCGCAUGGUUCCGCCCGUCGCCACCCGCUACAACAAUUCUGCCAUCCGCUUGUCCCACAAUGAGAGCUAUUUGUAA